AUGUCUCUUGGCAGCAAUCUCUUUCUCAACUGCAGCGUCGUCCAACCAGAUAGACAGCCAGUCUCCGGAUUGCAAGUAUCCCUCUGCUGCACACACUCGGUUACCUCCACCUUCUGCAGUGUCACCGACAGCUUUGGUGAGAUCUGGCUUUGGACUUUAUUGGUCGCCGCGGCUUUCUUAAGCGACAUGCACUUCUCCGAACUGGGCGUCUUUAAUAUAGAUUGUAUCUUCACAGACCAGUACGAGCCGCUCCUUCACGAACUAGGGAGCCAGGUCCCCUGCUGGGCAGAGUUCGCCGCGGCGGUGCGCCGUGAGGUGCACCUGAUGACUGCCGUGGUCAUUCAGCAAGGACGACCGCGGGCCGACGUGCUGCUAGCCACCCUGAAGGAAGCAGGAAGCGGCCUCACGUCGCUGCCGACAGCCCUCCUCGCGCGCAUCGCGCAGCAAGAACUCUGCCUCUGCUGCUUGACCCACCAGCCGUCCAGAAGACUCACCUGCGGCCAUCAGGUCCGCGAUCAUUGUAUUCGACGUUACGAUCUCAGCUCUUGUCUGCUGUGCGGUGUGGGCAAUACGGCCCUGCUACAGGUCAAGCCACUUAAUGGGGGCGUGCGGGCCCUCAGCCUUGCCGGGGACGUUGCGGGCGCCCGCACGCUGGCUUGCCUUCUGCAGUCCUUGCGCAGCGAGCUCCGAAGCCCGUUGUGUCGCCACUUCGACCUCGUCCGAGCCACGGGCGUGGGCAUCUUCUUCGGACUGAUGAUCUUCUGCAAACAGGCUUCAGUUGAGGAAUGCCUUCAUCACCUCCCCAGAAUCCGGCAGGUCAAAGUCAAGCACCGUGAGUUCAAGUUCGGACGACGGCUAAAGUUCAGGCGGGAAGAGCUCCACAGCGACCUCGUGACUGUCACGACCUGGGUUGCAUCGCAUUGGUAG